GUAUCGGGAAUUGGGAAUUGGGAGCGGAAAUAGCAUUUUCGAGCGAGAAUGAAAAAGCCCUAGUCUCUCUCUCUCUCUUGCAAGAAAUUUCCGUAUCUCAUUCCACCAAAACAUCAAUCCCCUAAACUCUUCUAGGAUUUUUCACCCCAACCCUCAAUCUCUCUGAUCACUUCCUUCGAAUUCAACCUCUCGCCGGCUCUCCAAACGCCUCAAUUGGACGCAGGGAGAGCGUUUCCGUUCCAUGAACCUCACCUUGCGCAAGCUCUGAGACAAUGUCGGAGAACGCAGCGCUGCCGAAGAACGCCCUGGUAUCGCCGACGAGCUCCCGGUCGGUCACGCACACCGUAAAUGGCUCGCACCGCUUCGUGAUCCAGGGUUACUCUCUUGCCAAGGGUAUGGGGGUUGGCAAGCACAUCGCCAGCGAGAACUUCACGGUCGGGGGUUACCAGUGGGCCAUUUACUUCUAUCCCGAUGGGAAGAAUCCGGAGGACAAUUCGACGUAUGUGUCCGUUUUCAUUGCGCUGGCGAGUGAGGGCACGGAUGUGAGGGCCUUGUUUGAGUUGACCUUGCUUGAUCAGAGCGGGAGGGGGAAGCACAAGGUUCAUAGUCACUUCGAUCGGUCGUUGGAGAGUGGGCCGUACACCUUGAAGUACCGAGGCAGCAUGUGGGGAUAUAAGCGCUUUUUCAGAAGAGCUUUGCUGGAGACUUCAGAUUAUCUCAAAGAUGAUUGCUUGAAGAUCAAUUGUACUGUUGGAGUUGUGGUUUCCUCAAUAGACUGUUCAAGAAUGCACUUGAUUCAGGUCCCAGAUUCUGAUAUUGGAGCACAAUUUGGUGCUCUGCUGGAAAAUAUGGAAGGUUCAGAUGUUAUUUUCAAUGUAGCAGGGGAAAAAUUUCAUGCUCAUAAGUUGGUAUUGGCUGCUCGAUCUCCUGUCUUCCGUUCUGAACUUUUUGAUGGAUCAGAGGGUAAUAUACAGGAGAUUGCAAUUACAGAUAUGGAACCUGAGGUUUUUAAGGCAAUGCUACACUUUAUAUACAGAGAUGCUCUUAUGGUAGAUGAUUUGGUAGCAUCUAAUUCAUCACCUGCCCUCUCUGUAUCUGACACAUUAACUUCAAAGUUGCUAGCUGCGGCUGAUAAGUAUGAUUUGGGGAGGCUGAGGCGGAUGUGUGAAUCUCAUCUUUGCAAGUAUAUAUCUGUGGAUUCUGUAGCAAAAAUUCUAGCUUUGGCAGACCGUUUUCAUGCAACAGAAUUGAAAGCCGUAUGCCUGAGAUUUGCUGCUGAAAACCUUGCUGCGGUUAUGCGCUCUGAUGGGUUUGAGUAUCUCAAGGAAAACUGCCCAUCACUGCAGUCAGAGAUCUUGAAGACAGUGGCAGGUUGUGAGGAGGACUGUAGCAGUGGAGGUGGGAAGUCACGAAGCGUUUGGGCCCAACUCUCAGAUGGUGGCGAUACUAAUGGCAGAAGGGUUAGGCAGAGGAUGACUUGACGUGGACUAAUAAGAAAGGAGAUUGUGCUUGUACAAGGAUGGUAAUAGUGUAGAUCAGGAAAGGCCAUGAAUGGUGUCAAAAAGAAAUGCAGAAAUUGUUAAUAGAAUGAAACAUCACAAGUUUCUCUGCAAGUUCUAUCAUAUGAAUGUUUGAUGUUUGUGUGACAGGAGCAAACUGAACGAUGUUAAAAAGUUCGAAGGUCUUGUGCUUAUGCUGACUUUAGGGCUGUUUUUGGCAGUGGGGCAAAAAGUAUACAAGGAGACUUUAUUAUAUAUGCAAAUCUCCCAGUAGUAUGUCUUUUCUUCACUAGUGCAUACUGCUUACAAAUUUUACCAGAAAGGGGUUUAUUUGUGAAUGUGUAUGAAUAGGAAUACAUAAUUGUGCAUAUAAGCUGUUGAUUCAGGAGCCUUCUUGGGGCGUCAGAUAUUGGCAACUUAAUUUUGCAAUGUAAUUGGGAAUGGUGGGGGAGAUUUGUCUUUUAUGUUCUGUUUAUUUGCA